UUUAGGAAAUAAACAGACCUAAGUAACGUAUGAUUUUUGAAUUUAAAAAUUAAAAAAAUUUUAGUGUUUCAAUAUUUAAGUUUCUCCAGCAAUUUCAUACAAUAAUUAAACGAAGCUUUUAUUUGACAAGCACGUCAAUUCCUUGAGUUUUCAACAAAAGAGCAAUUCCCCUUUACCACCAAUCUUAACAGAUUCGCAAAAUCAGUUAUGUUAUCAUAUGAUUUCUUAUCUUCAAAUUUCAAAGAAUCUCCAGAAUUUCUUUCAUUCAAAUGUUUGAACUCCAAAAGAAAAAAAUUUUUUUUUUCCAUUUUCAUGAUUCGGAUGCAUAAUAAGACUCGAUUUACUUUUAGUUUUUAGAUGAGGUGGCGUGCGUGGUAAAGACCUAGAACUUGUCUCACCCAGAAUCGAGAGGAGCAAAAUCCCAAAAUUUUAUGGGGAUCUUUUGAGUUUUGAUUGUCGUUUUUAUUAAAGUAUUGGGCGUUGAUAAUAACUGGUUGGCUCUUUUCGUGCUGACCUAGGAGGUAUAGCUGGCUGCGUAGAUAGCUGGCUACGUAGAGGCUCUCAAUCUGCACGCGGCAAAAUUUAAUUGGUCGUUGCAGGUAGAACCUUAAAUCCUGAAACUUUUUCAUUUAAAGCUCUUCCCUCUUUUCUCACUGUUCUUUUCCUCAAAGAAAAAGAAGAAUUGAUCCGUGGCUCUCUCUUUCAAACUGUUGCAUAAUUUAAUUGGAGUGCUAGCGUCCGCAGUUUCAUACUUUCUUUGAAGGAACGAAAACUGUUAGAUUCUCAAAGGAAGAGAAAGAACAAAUCUAAGCCUUGGGAGAGCCACCAUGUCCACCGAUUCCAUUUCCACUCAGCUCCGCCUCCAAGAGCUUGAGGACAUCUUAGGCCCCGACCUGACCCAAUUCAAAAUCCUCAUCUGUCAGCUGAUUUCCAACGACGAAGACCAGGUGAUGCUAGAAAAUUUGGAAGAGGUAGUGCCUAAGGUUUUGAAGUCAUUAAAUGAUACACAUCCUUGUGUUCGAUUGGUAGCUAUUAAUGCUAUUAGAGAGUUGUCUGAGGAGUUGGAUCCAGAGUUGCAAACACAAUAUCAUGAGAUAAGUCUAAUCACAUUAGUUGAAGUUAUGAAUGACUUCCAAAGUUCUAAACUGAAGAAGGGCCCUGCUGCUUCAGCUUUCGUUGGUUUCAUCGACAAUGGCACCCAAAAUAUCCAAGAUCUAUAUAGGAAGAUUGUGAAUGAUUGUUGUACAAUGAAGAAAUGGAGGGACAGGUUUCAAGAGCAACCUUUGGAUGAUUUGUGAAAGGCACAGGGAUCAUCGAAUUUGAUGCCGAGAUCGCAGUUGAUGUUGGGAACGAAUUUGAAAAUUUAAGCUUGUCAUGAAGUUGAUUUAUUAUGUUUUACCACUAUAUGAUGAAGCUGGCUACUUUUAUUUGUAAGUUAGUACCAAUUACAGGAUCAGGCCAGGUGCUAGAAAAAGAGGGUCAACAAAAAAAUUAAGGUUAAAUUAUGGGAUUUUGUUUUUCAAUUCAUGCAAAAAUCAGAAUUUAGUUACCGUAUAAUAAUUCGAAC